GGGGAUUCCAGGCAUGAGCCACCUGCACCCGGCCAUAUGAAAAGCUAAAAUUCCUUAGUGUGGCCACCAAGACCCUCCAUGGUCUGCUACCUCAGCUGAACCUUCCUCCCCGUGACCUACAUUCCCACCUGGCCCAACCACCCUCCUUCACAACAGGUGGCGAGUCCAGCUUUCCCCAGCCCGCCUCCCUCUCAUGCUGACCUGGCUUUAUCAGUUCAAUUGCACUUACUUCCGUCCGUCACUACCACACUAAACCUCCUGAAGGCACCUGGAAUUAUUCCUAGCACAUGGCAAGUGCUCUUUGACUGUUGUUUGAUCAAUGAAGUAAUAAAAAGAGAGCUGUUCUCUUUUCCUGCGAGAUGGAGAAUUUUAGUCCCAAGCGUCAUCUGCCAGGCUGGCUAACCCAGGGCCGUGGCGCACAGUCCACAAAGAGUUCACUCUGACCAGGCGCCUGUGUGUCAUCUUCCAGGGUCUCCCCCUACAUGUGGCGCCUCGCCUGCUGCCUGCUGGGCCACGGCCUGGCCUGCUCAGCUGACCUGCUGCCACUUCUGGGCAGCCGUCAUGUCACUUUGCUACAACUUCAAGCUAAGACAGGCAAUGUUUUGGGAGAGGAAUCUGUUUUCUGACUGGCCAGGGAUGUGCUGCAGUCCUCUCCCAGGUACAGACUGGACACCUUCUAAGUACAACCUUGAAAUGGAGCUCUGGGUAAUUAAUGCUGUCUCAGUAGUGUUAUUAGUAAUUGGUCUGCAGUGUAUACCGAGAGCAUGUGUCAAAUAUCAGAAAGGCUUUUGUGGGUGGUCAGGGAGUUGUCUGAGACCGUGUCCUGCACUGAACAGACCUGCCUUUACGCUGGAGGAUCCCUCAACAGCUCUGCCUGAAAACAGUCAUGCAUGCGCAGGAGGAAAGGAACUUGAUAGCUUAGUGGCCAGUUCUGUGGCCACUUUAUCAAACUAAAGCCUUUGCAAAUGGCCAUGCUUUAAAAUUAGGAAUUUCAGAACCCAGGGAAAGGUCGAUUGGUGGCUAAUGCCAAUUCUAAUGAAAAGUGGAUUGGUUGUCACAAAUGUAGACUAGCAUCCUAAAGGCAAAUUGGCGGCGACUCACAGGCUGACUGAAACACGUGUUCUCCGGGAAGCAGGGCCCCGAGUCUUCCCUGACACCCUCAUUGCUGCACCUGCCCCUGUGCCCGCGGAGUCCCUGCGGUGCAGCCUGGCACAAAUGCAGCAGUCGCCGGGCGUCCCGAGGCCACGUGGAGAACCUCCCGGCUGGCGGACCGCGCCCGGCUGCGACCAUCCGGCCCUCGGCCUCUGCGAAGCCGGGGCCAUUUAUAAGAUGACACUGAGGGAACUUUGGAUUCAAUUCUGAGGCAUUCUUCGAGAUGGACACUUGUAAAUGACUGCAGGCGGCUUCCGGUGCCCCCUGGCGACGGUGCAGCCUUUCCCCCGUCCGCGCUCCCUCCAGCUCCAGCAGUGCGCAGCCGGCCCCGGCCAAGUGGGGCUGCCGCCGAGCGCGCCCCCUCCCGGGACGCCCACCCUCGUGCCGGGGGGCGGUGCUGCGGCGGCGCGGGGCGGGCCGCGGGGGCGGGGACGCUGGGCGCAGGAGGCGCGGCCCCGAGCGCCGCGCGCCGGGAGCGGGGCGGCGGGCGCCGGGGCUGGCAUGGCGUGGCCCUGCAUCAGCCGCCUGUGCUGCCUGGCGCGGCGCUGGAACCAGCUGGACCGCUCCGACGUGGCGGUGCCGCUGACCCUGCACGGCUACUCGGACCUCGACAGCGAGGAGCUGGGCCCGGGCGGCGCCGCCUCGCGCAGGGGCCAGCCUCCCGCGGGCGCCCGGGAUUCCGGCCGGGACGUGCCGCUCACUCAGUACCAGCGGGACUUCGGCUUGUGGACGGCGUCCGCCGGGCCCAAGGAUCCGCCGCCGGGGCGCGGACCUGGAGCGGGCGGCCGCAGGGGCAAAUCCUCCGCGCAGUCCUCCGCGCCACCUGCGCCCGGCGCCCGCGGGGUCUACGUGCUGCCCAUCGGCGACGCGGACGCGGCUGCAGCAGCGACCACGUCGUACAGACAGGAAUUCCAGGCUUGGACUGGAGUGAAGCCCUCAAGAUCCACAAAGACAAAACCAGCCCGAGUCAUCACAACCCACACUUCGGGAUGGGACAGCAGCCCUGGGGCCGGCUUCCAGGUCCCAGAGGUGAGGAAGAAGUUCACUCCUAACCCCUCUGCCAUCUUUCAGGCCUCGGCUCCCCGGAUUCUCAAUGUGUGACUGCCUGCACCGUGACACCAUGGCUGCUGACAGGAGGGCUGGGGAGUGGCCUCAGGACCCACUGCCGUGGGGCUGGGUGAGAGCAUGGCAUGGGCCCCUCUGGGAGGGCACAGCCCCUCCCGAAGCUGUCGCCAGGGCCGAGGUGCUGGUGUGGGGCAGAUGCACUGAUGGACUUGGCACACCCAGCCCAGCUCAGCUUCAAGCGUCCUCUUGAGAAGCCUGUGGAAGGCUCCCGCGUUCUUAACUGCCAUCUGGCCAUCUCUCAGUUUUGAAAUCUGAGGAGCCUGAGGAUCAAGUCAGUUAGGAACCGAAUUGGUCCAUGGAAGCUGAGGAAUGUGGACACAUCUGGCCCUUGAAAGAACCAGUUAUGUCCACUUUUGGUGGAUUUCCCAGGAUGCAUGAGCACUUGAUUAAUUUUAUAACCUAUGGUGAGACCCUUGGCUCUUCCUACAAAUGGCCCUGCAGUUGAAGCUGUCGGAAUCUUGGGCUGUCACCUGCAUGACUCAUGGUGAUGCUGAGUAUCCAGGAGGAAAUUUCCAGAAGAAACAGACCGUCAGUCACGGGCUUCCACUUCACAGACCUCCUUAUGGCCAAGAUGAGCCUCAUGUUUUAACAAAACAUUUCUUGGGAUUGAAUGAAUCACAUUUACCUUGUGGUAGGUGUCUAAAGAUGGAAUCCACAUUUUAUUACUAAUUAUUAUUUUCCCCCUAAUAUAAGGAUGACGAGAAGGGUACUAUCAUACACACUGGCUAAGAACUGGAACUGUUUUUGGGAAGGUGGCAUUUGUCUUAUUCCUUGAAAUAUCUUAAAAUGUCCUCUACACCAACCCUGCCCCUUCUGUCUACCCUGCGCACAUGCACAGUGACGGGGAACUCACCACCUUUUGAAGAGGCAGUUCUUUUCUUUGCAAAGCUUUCUCCUAACUUCCUCCGUAAAUUCCAGCCAGCAUGGCCACAUGGGUCACGCCUGGCCCCUUCUUUGCACAGCAGCCCUUCACACAUUUGAAGGGUCUACAUCCCUUUUUAAAGCUUAGAGGUACAAGCUCGGGACAGUCUUCAGUGAGGAAAUUUGUGGAGUUCCCUUUGGAUCUUUCUUCCUCUCCAGCCCACAAGUGGCUGUAGUCUUGACGAGCAUUUAAGCUGCAGGUGGUGGUACUCGGGUCUCAAGAGCCACCAGAUGUGCAGGUGGGACAGUGGUUCCAGCUCUGGCUGCCUGUCAGCAUCCCUCCUAGGUGCUAGCCCUGGCAGGCACAGCCCUCCCCUCAUGCCAGCAAAGGAGAUGCUCUUGAUGAGAGGCUUGCUUUAAAGAAGCCCAAACCGUGUGCUUCUCCAAGGGGUUCUGCUAUUCCAGACUUCACGGCUUGCAUGUUUGAUUUUUCUAAGAGAAGAGAGGCUGCCUGCUGGGUAUCUGUGGAAAUGAGAUUAAACUGUGCAAUCUCAGAUUUUACUAAAAUGCAAAAAUGUACAGUUUCAAUUUCUUAAAUUAUAAACAUGAGUCUUCUCAUGCUU